CAUAAAAUUCUAGAGAGAGAGACACAGAGAGAGAGAGAAGAGAGAGAGGGAGAGAGAGUAUUAAUAGCUGCUUAUAUAGCAAUGAAAGGUGUGCAUCGUUUACAACAAGAGGAGGUGGUGGAGGAGGAGAAGGAGGAGCAGAAGUAGUGAUGAACGUGGAGAUGGAAGAAGUGGUGAAGCCUGCAUGGUUAGAGGGUUUAAUGGGAGAGACGUUCUUUGGUGUUUGUGAGAUCCACGAAAAUCAAAGGAAGAAUGAGAAGAACAUCUUUUGCUUGCACUGCUGCCUUAGUAUUUGCCAUCACUGUCUUGAUCUUCCUUCUCAUCGCUCUCACCCACUUCUUCAGGUGAGACGAUAUGUUUAUCAGGAUGUAGUUCGAUUGGAUGAUCUCGAGAAGCUCAUCGAUUGUUGCUACAUUCAGCCUUAUAUUAUAAAUAGUGCAAAGGUGAUAUUCUUGAACCAGAGGCCACAGAGCAGGAGUUGUAAGGGAUCUGCCAAUAUUUGCUUCAAUUGUGACAGAAUUCUCCAGGAGCCAUUCCACUUCUGUUCUCUCUCUUGCAAGGUUGAUCACUUGGUGUACCAAGGGGAGGAUCUGUCGAGCAUAAUAUACAAAUUUAAUGAAUCAGAUUUUGCAUUUUCUCAAUUUGAGGGAUUGAGGAUGGAUGGCUCCGAGAUCACAGAAGAUUAUGGUGGUCAAAUUACCCCCAGCUCCAUCCUGGAAGACCCAUUGCAGUACAGAGGCUCCUCAUCAUGCUCCAACAACACCAUGGACAAUUCAGCAAUUUCACGCGACGCCAUCCCGAAGAAGAAGAAGAAGAAUGGCAGUGGAUUCCUCCCUGGGAUUGUGCUCUCACUUGGUAGCAGAAGAAAGGGUGCUCCUCAUAGGGCUCCUCUUUCUUGAUCGAAACCAAUUUAAUCACAACCUUACAAAGAACGAAGGGUCUAGCUAGAGUUGAUUAAUUGAUGAAUAAAAUCUAUAUAGUAUAUAGAUAAUAUUAGAAUGUUAGUUACUACUA